UUAUCAUUGUGAUUGUGAAUUCAUUCCCAAUUAUCAUUGGGAAUAGAAUGUUUUAUAGUAAGAUCCUACGGGCUUCCUCGUUCUCUUAGCUCUCAAAAUAUGCUAUAAAAGCAACGGCUUCACCUCGUCAGUACCACCACUCAUCUCUACUCAUCUUUAUUGACCGUCGUCUACAACUACAGCAGUCGCAACCGGCAGAUGUCAGGAGCUGAUUCUACUCUUGGUGGCCAGCCAAAAACCCGAACACAGCGCCUCCGUGGGCGGGAUUUCUAUCACGGGAUGAUCCAGCGGGCUGACGUCAACGAGCUUCUGGUGAAGAAUGGAGACUAUCUGCUUCGAAAGACCAACGCAGGGGAAAGUCGACUUGCUCUGAGUGUUAAAUGGGCUGAUCAAAUCCGUCACUUCGUUGUGCUUGAGCAGGAAAAGGACGUCUUCUUCGAAGAACAAGGUCAUCACGAACCGGAGGUGGAUGCCCUGGUCAAAUGGCAUGAGCGUAAAAAGAAGCCAAUAACUCAACAAUCUGGAGCCAUCAUAAAAAGAGCAAUUGCGAGGGAGGAAUGGGUUUUGACACACGAAUCGGUGACGCUCGGUGAACAAAUAGGCGCUGGACAGUUUGGAGAGGUUUUCAAGGCCAAGUUCAAGACUACACAGGGCACCAAGGUUGACGUCGCAGUCAAAACACUGCGGGAUGGCGAAGCUGUAAGCAAUCAAAAGAGUUUCCUUUCAGAGGCUCGUCUUAUGCGACAACUUCGUCACGAGAACGUCGUGCGGAUGUUUGGGGUCGCUGUCUAUGAGCACCCAAUGAUGAUCGUCAUGGAACUGUGCACAGGUGGAAGCCUUCUUCAUCAGCUUCGUGCUCGUCAGACAUCACCCGAGGAGAAGUUUCGUUGGGGUUUUGAGGCGGCCAAAGGCCUUGACUACAUCAACUCCAUGGGGUACGUACAUCGGGACAUCGCUGCGCGCAACUGUUUGCUGACCGAAUCGACGACACUCAAGAUAGCUGAUUUUGGACUCACGCUCAAGACGAAGCAGGCCCAGAUGGAAAGCCUCGGGAAAGUUCCAGUCAAGUGGUUGGCUAAAGAGACGCUGGAGCUCGGCAUCUACAACGCCCACACAGACGUAUGGUCAUAUGGGGUCCUCUGUUGGGAAAUAUACAGCAACGGGAAGGAGCCAUAUCCGGGCAUGAGCAAUAUGCAGGCUAGAGCGCACAUUCUACUUCAUGGCUACCGAAUGCCGAUCCCUGAGGGUACACCUGAGAAGGUUGCUGAACUGAUCACCAGCUGUUGGAAUGGAAAUCCAUCUGAGAGGCCACACUUCAAGGAAAUUGUCGAGAUGCUACAAUAA